GUAUGACGAAGGUCGAGAUGGAUAUUUGGAUUUGGGUGAAUUAAAACGCAUGAUGGAGAAAUUAGGAGCUCCUCAGACCCAUUUAGGACUUAAAGCUAUGAUUCAAGAAGUAGACGAAGAUUUCGCAAAAAUAUCUUUCAGAGAGUUCCUGCUUAUCUUCAGAAAAGCUCGUGCCGGCGAACUGAUCACCGACUCCGGCUUAUGCCAGCUGGCUCGUCUGACCGAGAUCGACGUCGAUGCUGUCGGCGUUGGCGGCGCUAAGAGUUUCUUCGAGGCCAAAAUCGAGCAACUGCAAAGAACCAACAAAUUUGCCGACGAGAUUCGUGAGGAGCAGAUGGAACGCCGAAGACAGGAGGAAGAAAAGGCGCAACGUAGGGCUCAGUUUAGAGAGAAGGCAGCCAUUUUCCAAACUUCCUAAAAAAUUAAAGGAUUGAGGAGAAAAGAGAAAGUAUAUUAUUUUAUUGAGUUGAGUUUUUUAUCAUUUUUGUUUUUUUAUACUUUGAUUCAAAUGCAACUGUAUCUUCUUAUAAGAAGACUGUUGCCAGUUCAUUUAUUUUUCUAUUUUUCGGAAUCCUUAAUUUAACCCUUUGCGCUUGUAUAUCACUCAUUUUA